AUGCCUGUCACUGCCGCCACCGGCGCCAUCCUUCGACGCUCCUUGCGUGUCUAUCAGGUCUAUGGUGCGAACACAGGAGUGGGCAAGACAGUUACAUCAGCCAUUCUAUGCGGUGCGCUGCACCGCGCCUUUCCCGAAGAACACGUUUGGUAUUUGAAGCCGGUGUCGACCGGCCCGCAGGAUCAAGCUGACGAUGGCCACCUUGCACGCUUCUCGCCACAAACACUAUCCAAGACGUUGGUUCAAUAUGGGUCUCCUGUGAGCCCGCAUGUGGCGGCUAGAGUAGCGGCUACGAAGCUCACAGAUGCUGCACUUCGCAAACAGAUACAGACGUAUGUGGCUAAAUGCGCAGAAGACGGCCAGGGAACGUUGCUGAUCGAGACAGCCGGCGGUGUGCACUCGCCGGCCCCAUCCGGAAGUUCGCAGGCAGACAUGUACCAACCUCUGCGACUUCCCGUCAUCCUUGUCGGCGACCACCGGCUGGGCGGCAUUUCAGCCUCCAUCGCCGCAUUUGAGUCACUGCACAUCCGCGGCUACGACAUUAGCAGAGUAUUGGUGUUUGAGGAUGCGACAUACGAGAACCAUCUCUACCUCCGGGACUACUUUGCGGAGCGGGACAUUGCCCUUCUCUCAGUCCCACCGCCGCCAUCCCCGUCAAGCACGAAGACAUCCGACCACGAGCGCAUGGCCGAAUACUACAACGAAAUGUCCUCCAGGCCUGAAGUUCUCGACACCGUCACGGAUCUCGCCACUUCACACCAGUUGCGCCUCGCCCGCCUCAACGACUUGGCACCGCAAGCGCAUAAACACAUCUGGUAUCCUUUUACGCAACAUUCUGGUCUUACACCAGCGUCACUCAUGACCAUUGAUUCGGCACAUGGCGAUUUCUUCCAAGCAUAUUUCUCAUCUCCAGAAAAUACGCUUAAGCCAACUCUUGACGGCUCCGCCUCGUGGUGGACCCAGGGCCUUGGUCACGCCAACACCAAGCUCGCUUUGGCUGCUGCACACGCUGCUGGUCGCUACGGACACGUCAUGUUUGCGGGUACGAUUCACGAACCGGCUCUAUCUUUAGCAGAGCUCUUGUUGAAGCACCUGGGCAACCCACGCUUGCAACGCAUUUUCUACUCGGAUAAUGGCAGUACGGGCGUAGAGGUUGCUGUGAAGAUGGCAUUAUCGGCGGCAUCGAAACGGUACGACUACGAGAGGAAGGAACUUGGCGUGUUGGGGCUCAGGUCGUCCUAUCACGGGGACACCAUCGGAGCGAUGGACUGCUCGGAGCCGUCAACGUACAACGAGCGCGUCCACUGGUACAAAGGACGCGGUCACUGGUUCGAUUUCCCCGAGGUAAAGAUGAAGGGGGGGGAAUGGAUCGUUGAGCCGCCCAAGGGCAUGGAAGGCGAGUACGGCCCAACACAGACAUUUUCCAGUUUAGGAGAUGUGUUUGACUUCGAGAUGCGCAAUGCCUCGGCUGCGGCUGAAAAAUAUAGGACAUAUAUCCUCAAAACCCUCGACCGCCUUGUGCGCGUGGAGGGCAAGAGUUUUGGCGCGCUUGUCAUGGAGCCAGUUCUUCUAGGCGCUGGGGGAAUGCUUCUCAUCGAUCCGCUCUUCCAAAGCACGCUGGUCUCGGUCGUUCUGGAUGACAAUACCUGGACUGGUCUCCCCGUUGUCUUUGACGAGGUGUUUACGGGACUGACCCGCCUCGGCCCUUUUUCGCCCAGUACGCUUCUGGGCGUGCACCCUGACAUCUCCGUACACGCCAAGCUCCUCACGGGCGGUCUUGUGCCGCUCGCUGCAACGGCUGCCAGCGAGGCCAUCUACAAAACAUUUUUGGGCGCCGAGAAGCGAGAUGCCUUACUGCAUGGUCACAGUUAUACGGCGCAUGCCGUGGGGUGUAAAGUAGCCGAGACCUCCAUCAAAGAACUACUGCAGAUGGAGGCAAGCGGGGCAUGGGAUGACUUUAAGCGACCUUGGGAGCAGGACAAGGGAAACGUAUGGAGCAUGUGGUCUCCUACGUUCCUUUCCGAAGUCUCUUGUCGCGCUGAAGUUGACAGUAUCGUCGCCCUUGGGUCCGUCUUGGCCAUUAAAUUGCGAGACGAGAACCCAGGAUACGCAUCCAAUGCUGCUGUCGGGCUGCAGUCCGCGCUCUUCAGUGUGAGCGGCGGUUUCAAAAUCCACUCCAGGGUGCUAGGAAAUGUGUUUUAUAUUAUGGCAAGUCAGACUACGGAGGUUAAUAUUGUUAAACAGAUUCAGGAUAUGAUACUUGAGGCGAUAUAA